AUGUGGAAGGAGGCCUUUGAGAAGUCUCAAAAUAUUCCAGCUAAGAAGAAGACAACACCUCACGUUCUAAAGGCACAUCAUCAAAUGCAAAAGAAAAGCAAUAUUAACCAACAAGCUUCGUUAUGCAUCCUGUGUUCUUCGAAGCAUUUCUUAAUUGAAUGUCCACAGUAUAAUUCACAAACUGCCCAGCAACGUUAUUCCGUAACGAAACACGGUUUAUGUUUUAACUGUUUGAGAAACCACCGAGCUUCGGAAUGUCGUUCAACUCGACGAUGUCUCAAAUGUGGCAAGAAGCACCAUACCACUAUUCACAAAUGGAAUCCAGCGAAUACUGAGAACCAAUCCGAACAAGCAAAUCUGAAUACUUCGGCCGACACCUCAACACAAUCAGGUCCAUCGAAAGUGUUACAUACCGCUAUUCAUCCGGUUCAAACAUCUACCACUUGUAUUUUAUUAGCGACAACGCAAGUUCUCAUUAUCAACAAAGCGGAAUGCACCAUGAAAAUCCGAGCACUUCUUGAUCAAGGGUCUGAAGUCACACUGAUCUCGGAAAGAGCUGUUCAAACCUUAAGGCUGCCUCGCUCAAAAUCGUCCAUUCCCCUAAUCGGGGUCGGAGAACAAUCGUCCAACCGGACUCGUGGACUCACAUCAUUCAAGAUCACUUCUCUGUAUGACAAAUCAGAAGAAUUUCAAAUCUCAGCUCAUAUCCUGCCGAAACUAACCAGCGUAAUUCUGUCGGCUCCCAUAACGAUGAGACCAUGGCCAUAUUUUGAGGGAUUAUCAUUGGCCGAUCCUCAAUUCGGAUCUCCUAGCGCUGUUGACUUAAUUAUUGGCGCGGAUCUUUAUCCUCAAAUUAUAAAGGAAGGCUUGAGAAAAGGACCGUCCAACACUCCAAUUGCACAAUUAACUGCAUUCGGCUGGGUCAUAUCUGGUCCCGUAUCAUCAGAAUCGCCGCAUCUCGCAGCUCGAAGUUGUCACAUUACCAUGGAUUCUCGCCUUUAUGAUUUCCUUCACCGAUUAGAAGAGAUAUCCGCAAAUCACGAAGCCUCCCUUUCCCCUGAAGAUCAACACUGUGAGCAACAUUUCAAGGAUACUCACGCUCAAGAAGCUCAAGGGUGGUACAUUGUUCGCUUGCCACUGAAGAAAUCUCCUCAUUUAUUGGGAAAUUCGAAUAACAGAGCUUCAAAAAUGAUGGAUUCUCUUCGUAAUAGAUUUAAAUCGAAUGCCAAAUAUGCCAACGCAUAUGCUAAAUUCAUGAAGGAGUACGAGGAUCUUCAACAUAUGAAACUCAUCACAGAAGCAAACACUGAACAUCUUCACCCAAACUUUUAUUUACCGCAUCAUGGAGUGUGGAGAGAGAGCAAUACUAUCACUAAAUUACGAGUAGUAUUUAAUGGAUCGAGUCGCACUACAUCUGGAGUCUCUCUCAACGAUAUCUUGCACACCUAA